CAGAUGUGCUGCUAUCGCUGCAAAAGGUGGACAUCGGUGGACAUAGGUGGACCUUUUGCUGCUAUCGCUGCAAAAGGUGGACAUAGCAAAUAUUCGAGUUCAAAGUGGAUGAAAACAGACAGUAGGACUCAUUUCAAUUCAAGGCAUUUUUCAUCAACAUUUUGAAAUGAAAUCAUGUUUUCCAGGCAAAAAAGCUCAAUAUUGUGAUCUGUCAGCCGCCGUAUAUUUAUAUUCUAUUUAAUUAACUAUAUUUGGAAAUCCACUACUUCGUCAAAUGUACCCGUCACGUUAGGUGUUUUUGCCCAAGGUGUAUUGGUAUCGGAUCGGCAUCACUGAUACCAGCCUGCACUACUUGGAACGAAGCUGGCAGCUAGAACAUGAGUCACUGAACGAGUCACUGAGGGAGAACAACUUGGUUUGUUUCUUGCAGACAAGGUCGCAUGCACACCUGUUGGCCCGUACUGGAAUGAGCCCUCAUCCAGGACCCUGACUGUGGAUCUGAAGGAGCUGUGCGAUGGAUGAGUCAACGGAGGUGCGAACAGAUGGCAAUUCUCUGCUGAAGGCUAUCUCCCUGAGUCGGCUUCGUCUAACUCGGCUGCUGCUGGAAGGAGGGGCAUACAUCAACGAGAGCAAUGACUACGGCGAGACGCCGCUAAUGGUGGCUUGCAAGACGCGCCACUCAGAUGCACAGAGUGUUCCCAAACACAAGAUGGUUCAGUAUCUCCUGGAAAAUGGUGCCGAUCCAAACAUCCAAGACAAGAGUGGGAAAACUGCCUUGAUGCACGCUUGCCUCGCAGAGGCAGGGAGUGAAAUUGUGUCCCUCCUGCUGAGCAACGGUGCUGAUCCAACUGUGGAGGACACGGCAGGUUUGUCAGUGGUAGUUUACGCCAUUAAUGCAGGCAACAGGGACAUCCUCAAGAUCCUCCUGGACGCCUGUAAAGCAAAGGGUAAGGAGGUCAUCAUUAUCACCACCAACAAGCUGCCAUCUGGCCAUCAAACCACAAAGCAGUACUUAAAUGUUCCUCCACACCCUGACCUUGACGAGUGUUUGCACUGCACUCCAACCUGCGCUUCUCCAUACAACAUGCAGCGCCGAAUUUCUCCGCAGGGUUCUCCCCAGCCUCUCAGAAGUACACAGUGUCCUGGCCGAGGUGAUUCUCAACCAGGUUUUCCAUUACGUGUUUCUAAUGUGGAUAAGCGCCGUAGUCUCCAGAGAUUACACUCAGAGCAAUGGUCGAAAGGUCCCCCCACGCUGCUCCAGAAGAACCAGAGCUCCUUGCUGACAGAAGAGCGGGUAGAAACGCCACCUGAGGAGGAGCUGUCCUUCAGAGGCCUCAACAUCCACAGUCAGCCCCAAAGUACGGAUGUGAAAGACGCACCGCUGUCAGGGAGUGACAGCAGGGGGCAAAAUGCAAGACGCAUUGCUCGAAAGAUGUCAUAUGACAGCGCCGCAAGUGCACCGCAUUCCGCUUCACACCCUAACUUGCAUCAGGAGAACAAGUUUUCCACUGAAGCCACCUCUGCCAGCGAAAGUUCAUACGACGGUCUUGGACAGUUCAAUGUUUCGAGUCUGCAAAAUGUUAUUCUUCGACGUAACAUUGGCGCUGACCAUUACAGUUCGGAUUCUCAGUUGUCACAGUUUGGCAGCAAAGACAGAAGCUCAAAAGGACCAGCAAGGCCCAAGAUGGCAAACAGCAGGUCCUCCACCCUGUCGGGCUCCAGAGAGUCUCUGGAUUGUUCUAUUCAGCGAAGAGGGGUUGUUGGACUGGAACGAAGAGGCUCUGGGGCACUCCUGCAGGAUCACAUCGCCUCCACUCGGCCUGGUUAUCUCCCCCCUCUCAACCUCCAUGCUCCGAUUCCAGAUAUUGGUGUCAGCUCCGUCUCCUUGUGCCCGUGGACUGGGAGCAGCAAACCAGUGAAAGGUGGCUUUAAACCUAUUUUCCCGAGGGACCUGAAGUCGCAUACAACGCUGUGGAGGCGCCACUCCAUGCAGAGUGAGCAGAUCAAGCAGCUGGCUAACUUUGAACAAAAGUAGGAACCGAGUUUUUAAAAGAGAAAGUACACACGUCCUCUUUUGACUAUUUGGAAACUUUGAAGGACGACAUGCACGACUCGUGCUUUGGCUUAGCUUGCGCAUGGAAUGAAUUGCUUGUUAUUGUGUGACUGCAGUAAAUCAGUAAAGUGUUUCUCUCUCACUCCCAGAAAGGAGCACAAGGCUACACUCAGGGAAAAGCUGAUUUCUUUUCUGGUUGCCAAUAACAACUCAACACAAAUAUCAGCGUACUAUUUGGUACCUGGGCCUUCAGUGACGACUUAAGCGGCCCAAUCCACCUCUCAAUACCACCACCACCACGUCACAGUCAGCACGGGGGAUCAACACCAAUAUUACUAAAGCAAGAAACCCAGUUAACCCCACAAACCUCUACACUACAACAUCAUCUGGGGCAGUUCAGUCAAUAUUUAUCUAAUAACAUGACAAAAACAUCAAAAACAAAAUAACACACGUCACACUCCCACUCACUCCCGCUACCAGGGGAAGUGUUCAACACUGGCUGAUGAUCAAAUAUGCAUUAAACACACUUCUUCCUUCACACAGAACGAUGACCAGCACGGUGUCUGUCUUCUUUCUUCGUGUUGGAACAGGAUUCAUUCAACUCUGCGGUGUUCAUGUGAUGAUGCGUUCAAGUGCACUGAAAGCUUUGAAAAAUAGAGCUUUCAGGCAUCAAUCAGAGGAUGGAAAAAUGCUGACGUAACUGUGAGGCAAAUCAGAAAUCCGCCCCAUUGCUAAUGUGUAUGUGACGUGGGCCAGCACUCCUGAUUGUGAAGGCCCUGGGCAGAUUACAUUGAUAUGGCAACACAUAGAAGUUGAAAUCUGAUUGAAAACAUCUAAAACUGUUUCCAUGUACACAAAAGGCCUAUCUCUCUCAAAUAUUGUUCACAAAUCUGUCUCAGUGUGUUAGAGCAUUCAUCUUUUAUAGUCGACCUGCCUCACAGGUGUGACAUUUGAAGACGCUGAGGAGACAGCAUGAUUAUUGCACAGGUUGGCCACAAUAAAAGGCCAUCCAAAAUGUGCAGUAUUGGGGGUGGUCCAUGGGGGGUCCGAAAACCAGUCAGUAUCUGGUGUGACCACCAUUUGCCUCAAACACCGUCUACACCCAUCCAGGGCGUCCCAAACAUGCUCAAUGGGUGACACAUCGGGCGAGUAUGCUGGCCACCAAACUACUGGGAUGUUUUCAGCUUCCAGGGAUCGUGUA